CUAACAUUUCUGUAAGAGGUCGUUUUCACGACUUGAACAUGUGACAUCCACGACACAACUAGUGCUAUUUAUAAAAUUUCAUCUUUAAACCACCCUAAUAACGAUCAAUCCGCUCAUUUGACACCCCCUGGUCAAGCAACAAAUUAAAAAUAAACAUACACAAAAGCAAGCAAUCAAACACACGAGACACAUCCGCUAAUAACGGUCGAAACCAAGACAAAAAAGGAAAUAGCAAUCCAUGAAAUUUCUAUUUUCUGUUUACACAAAUGGUUACAACAAAGAAAACAAAAACAAAGGAAGAAAAUUCAUCAGCAAAAGGCCAAAGAAGGAAGGUUGAGGGGGGAAGAAGGAAGAGGAACAUUUAUACGUCUUUUUCAUCCUUCCUCUCUUAUCCUUCACCCCUUUAACCUUACCAUGAUAUUUCUAACAAAUUCUUGAAAAAAAAAAUAUUUUAAAAAAAAAAGAAAAAAAAAAUUAUUCCAAGAAAUAUUAUUGAAAAAUGGCUGCUGCAGACCAACAAGAUGGUGCUUGUAAUAAAGAAUUGUUUAACCCUAUUAUUAGUAUGGGAUGGCAAUAUUCUGGGAUUCUUGUGAUCUCUCAUAUUUUGCAAAUUUUGCUUAAGCCAUUAGGACAAGCUUCACCCAUUGUUCAAAUUCUCGCGGGGUUCUUGAUGGGUCCUUCGGGGUUUUCAAGAAUCAAAAAAGUGGAGGAGUUCUUCAUUCAAAGUUAUAAUUCGGGUUAUUAUGAAUUCAUGGCGUUAAUCUUUAGAACUAUAAUCAUGUUCUUGAUUGGUCUUGAGACAGAUUUCCCUUAUCUAAUGCGCAACAUUCGGCCUGCAAGCAUUAUUGCCUGUGGCAGUAGUAUAGCAUGUACUAUCUUUGCUGCUGCUGUUACUUUCUUAGUAUUUCAAGAAACAUCUUCUCAUGGUUCUUCAUUCUUAAUGGCCUUAAUGAUCAUAAUAACCUUAGCCAAUGCAGCAUCCCCUAUUGUUGUACGUGUCGCAGCAGACCUUAAGUUUGCAACUUCUGAUACUGGCAAGUUAGCUAUAUCUUCAUCCUUGAUAGCCGAUGCAUACUCGGUGUUUCUAUUAUUUUUACUUUCGGAGUUCAAGACAACAUCAGUCGUAAAAUGGAUUGGUUUCCUUAUUCUCUAUUUUAUUAUCGUUGGUGUAGUUAUUGUAAUCAAUAUGUAUCUAGCUAAUUGGUUGAAUAGAAGGAAUAGGAACAAAAAGUACCUUGGAAAUACUGAAAUAUUUGUACUUGUAGCGAUUCUUUAUAUCGCUGCUAUGGCUCUCGAACAGCUUGGAUUCAGCAGCAUUAUAGCUUCUUUCCUCAUUGGAUCAAUGUUCCCUAGAGGGGGCAAAGCAGCUCGAACGUUGUUGAUCAAACUAACAUAUCCAAUUCACAAUUUCAUAUUUCCAAUCUACUUUGGCAACCAUGGUUUCAGGGCAGAUGUGACUAAGCUGAAAAGUUUGCGUAACAUUAUUGUAUUCGUUAUCCUUAUUUUGUCGAGCAUUGGAGGGAAGAUUGUUGGAACAUUGGCAGCUUGUUUUCACCUAAAGAUUCCUUAUAGAGAAGGGGUGCUUCUUGCUUUUAUGAUGAACCUAAAAGGUCAUGUUGAUAUGCUAGCAUUGACGAUUGGCUUGGCGAAUGAACUUGUUUUGAGCGAGAAUUUCUAUGACGUGAUGAUAGCAACAAUUAUUGUGAAUACGUUGAUAUGGGGACCGAUAGUAGCUUUCAUGGUUAGAAGAGAAAGUGAUAUCAUCGGCUACAGGCAAAUAUAUUUUGAAUCACAUAAUCCAGAAAGCGAACUACGAAUACUUGCUUGUGUGCAUAGUCCUCGUCCAGUGGCAACUAUGCUAGGACUUAUUGCAGCCUCCAGAGGGCCAAGAGAAGUUCCAAUAACCGCUUACUUGAUGCAUUUAGUUGAGCUCCCAGAUAAAAAAAAGACUAAUUUAAUGUACAAUCAAAAAGAAGAUGAUGAAUUAAGUGAUGAAGAUGAUUAUGGUGGGAAUGAUGUUGUUGAGAUAAAUGACGCGAUGGAUAUAUUCAAUAGUGAGACGGGGUUGUUAGUUCACCAGAUUAAAAUCGUAUCUCCCUUUAAACGUAUGCAUACAGAUGUUUGUAACACUGCUGAAGACAUAAGAGCAUCUAUCAUUGUCCUUCCAUUCCAUAAACAUCAGAGAAUAGAUGGGAAGCUAGAGAACGGUAAACAAGGCAUACGGCCUACUAAUCAGAAAGUUCUUCGUCAUGCCCCAUGUUCUGUCGCGAUUCUUAUUGACAGAGGACUUACAUCCGGAUCUUUAAAUCCUUCGGGUUCUGAUUCUCUUCAACAUGUUGCUAUCUUAUUUUUCGGUGGACCUGAUGAUCGCGAAGCACUAGGCUUUAGUAAACGUCUUGGCAUGGAUCAUCACAUAAAUCUCACCAUAAUUAGGUUCCUUCCCUUGUCUUCAAAACGACAAAUAUCAGGUGUCGAUGUUGCUCAGAAAACGGAUGAUGUCUUGAUGGCAAUAUCAAAUGAUGAAGUAGAGAAAGAAGCAGAUAGCACAGUUUUGGCAGAUUUCCAUAGCAGGUAAUAAGAAAGAAUUUUACACAUCUAAGAUUUACUCUGCAUAUAGUGUCUAGAGCCAAGGGUCUAUCUAAAACAACCUCUUUAUCUCUCUUCUAAGGUAGUGGUAUGGACUGUGUACACUUACCCUCCCCAGACCCCACUAUUGUGGGAAUAUAGUGGGUUUAUUGUUUUUGUUGUUGUUGUUCAUUUACUCUUUAUAUACUUUAUAGGCAGAAUAUGUUAAUAGACACUUAAAUUUAGCCUCAGCUGACAAGUGAACAAUUAGACACCUCAAUUCGUUUCCAGUGUGUCAGUUGAACACUCCAAUUCACAAAAUGAUCCUCUAGAAAACUUUAAAAUUUAUGUGUCAUGUCAGCAGAAACAAAAUGAGGACGAGUUUGAGUAUUUAGUU